AUUUUAUAGGGACAUAUAUUGAGAUAGGCUUAUAGAUAGACUACUGACAUCUGAUGAUUGAAACAAACAAUUGACUGACAUUGCAUUUGGUUUAUAUAAUGUCUGGUAAUAGAAAGGAAGAGCUAUUCGGUGUUCUACAAAGUCCUUGACUAUAUUUAUGUCAAAGGAAGUUAAUUUUUGAUGAUCAAUUAUAUUGGAAAUAUACUUGAGAAGAGUUGAAAAACAAGCUCCCAAGAUGAGUGGAGGUGGUGUAAUGCUUAGUGGUUGGUUGAGAAAAUCUCCGCCUGAGAAUAAACUCAAUUCAAGACAUUAUUCAUGGAAAAAACGAUGGUUUGUGUUAAAAUCAGGGAGAUUAUCAGGGGAUCCUAAUGUAUUGGAAUAUUCCAAGUAUCAGACUUCAAAAAAACCAAUAAAGAGCAUAAAUUUGAAUGAUUGCAAGCAAAUUGAUAUUAAUGUGACGAUACCUGUUCGACACGAUAAGAAGGAUACAACAGAACAUUUUGUAUUUGCAAUUGUAACGAACCUUCGAACAUUUUAUUUGGUUGCUGACAGCCUCAGAGAAAUGUCAUCGUGGGUGCAUUGUCUCUGUGAUCUGUGUGGAUUUAGUCAUGAUUCUAAUGACAAAUCAGACUUGGGUCGGCAGAAGCAAACAUUCAAAGCUGGAGAACCAAACAUGAAUGUAAAUGGAAAUUCUCCUGCAGCUUCUCUCUUGCCAACGACAUCCGACGUUCCACCUGCAGUGUUGCCUAGACCUGAGAAUACCAUUACUGCCUUGUCAAAGCCAAUCGAGCCAAAUCAUCCUUCACCAGUCAUGCAAAAUGGAACUGUGAAUACAUCAUUUCUUACUACAUCUGAAAAUGGAUAUGAUUUUUCUGUGCAAGAUGCUUCAUUUGAUAAUGGUGUUGGUUUUGGGCCACAUAUAAUGAGCAAUCAUAGUGAAAUGUCACUGGAUAUACCAAUGUUCGCUCCCCCUGAAGAUGAUGAUUCUGACAGAUAUUUUCAUCUGGCUGACUGUGAGACUCUGGAUAAAAACGAACAAAAUCCAUCAUUAUUGAUGACUGAAAAGAAUGAUGAACGUAGAUGUUCAACUGACAGCGUAUUUGCUCAUGACGAUGGAUCUGAUGAAUCGAAAGAGGACAGUCCAACACUACCUAUGGAAGCAAUUCCACAAACGUCAAGAUUUUUACAAGCUAAUAAAGCAAGGUUGAGCAGCAUGCCUGAUUGCCCGCCACCACCUCCUCCAAUAAAUGUGCUUCCUCACUCACAAUAUGCAGAUGACGACGAGGAUGAUGUUGUUGACGCUGUACGUCGACCCUCCAGGAAUAUCAAGAGUAGACUUCCUCCUAUUGAUGACACCGGUUUAUACAAUGUUCCACCUGGGCUGCAGAGAGAACAAAGAGGCACAGAUGGGUCAUUACGUUGGCAAGGGAGUAACAGCAGCUCUUCAUAUGGAUCAGCUUAUGGAGGAGAUGGCAGAUACACCGGAAACAAAUUACUGAGUCCCCCAGAAUAUAUAAAUACACAGGAUCCAAAAAGUUCAGGCUCUUUUUCUCCUGGCAUUCAUUUAUCUGGUUCUGCUUCGUCAUCUUAUUCAAGUCCCGGUCCACUGUCUACCAGUCCACAUCUUAGAAACCAAUUAUACGACGUACCAAGUCCUCUGUCACCUGUCUUUCCACUUGGUCAAAACGCCAACGCCAGAUCGAACUACCAGUCCCCGAAAGCGUUAGAUAGAACACCAGUGGGAUUGACACCGGCAUCCUCAGUACAGGACUCUGAUGUUUUGGCUUUACAAAAACAAUUGAAAGAUUUUAAAAUGUUGGAUGUUGGUGGUGUAUCACCGACGCAACAAGAGUCCACUUACGCCACACCGAAGGAUUUGGGUUUGUCUUCGAAAACAGAUCAAGUGGAUACAAAUUUGAAUACUGAAAGCACAUAUGCUGUGCCACCCAGGCCACCAAAACCUACUGCUACGAGUAAUAUGCCGUCACCGGCACAAAGGCAAAAAAUCCCAACCGAAUUGUUACUGGGACAUAAAUCUUCUGAGGGACUUUAUGCGAGUCCAAGAAGUCACAGUGCGAGUAGUGCAGGCAGUGCGGACCAUGCAACAUAUGACACUGUAAAGCAGCUGACGCCUGUAUCGUCACCCCAUGCCACUGGUAUUCGCACAGUGCCUCCAAACUCAUUGCCGCCGUUUACGAGAAAUUCAGUUUCAGCUACUAAUUCUCCGUUAACGACACCUAACAUGACAAGACGAGCUGAAAUAACGAAAAUGCCGUCAUUCAGUAAUAAGUUAUCUCCGCUUAUUCAACAAAGUAAAGUUUCUGGUUCGGCCCCUUCCUUAUAUGAUGUCCCUCAACCUUUGAUUAAAUCACCGGGCCAUGGACAAUCUGUAGAUCCAAGAAUGUCACAGAGUAGCAAUACUUCAGGAGAAAGCAGUGGGAUGACUGGAUCAUCAAAAAGAAGUUCAGCUGCCGAUACCAGUAUUUAUGACAUGCCACGAAAACUGAGUGACACGCCUGUGAGGCCACCGUUACAACAUCAAGAUGCCUUUCAUAAAGUUGAUGACGAGGGACAUCCUAGCUAUGAAAAAAUGUCAUCACAGUCAAUAGAAUUCAACGAAGAAGAUCAAGACCCGUAUACUAUUAUGACGUCUGUGCCAACGUUAGCAAUGUUUUCAUCACAUGUUCCACCGGCCCAUGUUCGGUUAGCAGAUAGUUUUGACGUUCCCCCACCUGUACAUAGAGACUUAAAACCUGGAAGAAAAAGCCUUGGUUCGGACGGUGGAUCUUCUCAAAGUGGUCUCGACACUCGUAAAAAGAACAAUUCGAGAGAUAGUUAUGAGAGUGAUGAAGCUGUAUCACCGCCUCAUACUUCGGUUGUUCAUACCAUGCCUAUCGUUAACGAACCUAAAUCAUUGCAAUACGGGGGAGGUUUCAGCCCAAUUGGGUCAAGAAGUAGUAGUAUAACGUCACCGCAACACGCCAAGUUGAAUGAUUUUAAUUCCCGUUUGAGUGUGAGCCCCACCCCACCUCAGAGACCGCCUAAACAUAGUUUUUCAAGCUUGUCACCCAGGUCCCCUCCGAUGGCAACACAGAUUUCUCAACUUCCGGGUCGACCCUAUACACCCAGCCAUGAAUCCCAUAGGAAUAAUAGUCAAUUAGGUUACGAUCCUUCUGCUGUUCCUGAGAGACCACCCAAACCAGCUAACAUGAGAAUGAAUACUGUAGCACCGAUGGGUUGGGACGAAUCAAAAAUGCUGCCAAAGCGACCUCCGAAAUCAAGUGAAGAUCACAGCUUCGUACCUUCAAGGCCACCGAAACCAAGCAUGACGCCAUCCACCGGAGAUUCUUUAUUCAGCGGAAGUAGUUUGCAUUCGGGUUCAUUCUUUCCACUUGGCCCGUCAGCAUAUGGACCUUCAACUGUUGUUCCACCUCCUCCCGAUGCUGAUAAAGAAAUCAAAUAUAUUGAAAUUAACGCUCAAGUUCAACCACCCGCAGAUGAUCGGAAUGUACCAAGUGAACCAUCUGUGGAAUAUUUCCAACUCGACGUCGGCAAAACCAGAGCUCUCGAACUGUCAAAGAAAGAACGACAGAAAAUGCAACAACGAGCACACUCUGAAGCGCAUUCGUUAGGAAGAGGAAAGGAUUGAAUAAUUGAAAUAACUCUCCACUGUCCGCAAUUAAAUUAACUUCGAUUGAUCAGAGUGCUGUACAAUUUCAAAGUCAGAUAUAAGCAAUUUUACAAUUUUUUUUUUUUUGAAGACUUGUUGUUAAUGGGACUAAGGGCGCUAAUUAAUUGAGUGAAUUUUCUUAUUUCAUCAUUAUAUUUGAGUCAUUUAAGUAUUUACGAGUUUAAUAUUGAUAAUUCUGAUUUAAAUUAGAUAGUCAAAAAUAAUAUUUUUAUAAAUGGUAAGGUUUCGCCAGCAAUUGUGUGUUACUGUGGUAGGAAUUUUAUUGCUUUUCCGAGGUUAUGUUAUCUUGCAAAAAGUGGGUUUGGGACUUUAAAAAUUCAUUUUUAUGUUCAACUUGUUAAAUUAUAUUGCUCAAAAGUAAUCAAAAAUAAUAGUAUAUUUAAAAAGUCAGCAUGUCAAUAUGUGUGAUAUGUACAGCAGGUUACAGAUAGUAUUUGGGAUUACCUGACUGAACUGUUUUUUUAAUGUGGUGUUGACUGCAUGCCAGUAACUGUAAUUUACUAUAAGUCACUGCCCAUAAAGUUGAACUAUGAUUCUUAUUCUAUUCUCACCAGAACGCUCAUCAUAUAGUAUCUUACUUUCUAGUUAGUCUGUUCUGUCUUGUUUUCAUUGAAGUCAAAAGUCAUUUGUACUCUGCAAAAAGGAUUUGACCAUUCAGUAAUAUUGGCAAAUUUUCAAAAUUAUUUGGCGAUAUUUGAUAAUAAAAAUUAGUUGAUAUAAUUUCCAAUGUAGAAAUUCUAUUUUAUCUCAAUUCUUUGCACCGAAUAAGGUUAAAUUAACCAAAUUGAUUUUGAAGUUAUCAAUAAUGUUUGCACUAAGUGGACUUACUUGGUGUGUGCCAAAGUUGAAAUAUUUGCAGGAGGCAAUGACAUCAUGUUGUUUAUUAUCCUGACACUAUCGUUUUAUUGUUAUCUGUUUUGUUAAACAUUUUAAUCAAAAUUCAUAUUUUUAUUAGCAUUAUUUUAUGCUAGCUUCCAUCAUGUUUUAAAUUCUUAAAUAAAAACAAAAAUUGUUACCAAGUUUCUUUAUGUGCAAUGUACUACUUUCGUUUAAUUUUUUUUUCUCUAUUCGGUUGUUUUUUCUUUUUUGACACUAAUUUUUUGCGUAGUAAUUUUCUUCUUAUUAUAUUUUAUCAACAAUUCAUUUAAAUAAAUCUAGAUCACAGUA